GCCGAGCAAUUUCCGGUCUGUAUGAGCAGUGCACGCCAAUGUGAACAGUCCCGAAGCGAGACGAAUUAGAACAAGAAUAACAUCGAGAACGACGAUGAAUAAUGAAAUGAGAAUGAAUAUGGAGUUUUGACCGACAUAUGACCAAAUAAUGUCCGAAACAUGUAACGACAACAAAUAUUCAUAUACCGGAAGUCCCGCCCUCUCUAUCACCGGUAACGCUGAUUUGGUCAAUCUUGUCCCAGACGGUCCGAGAGGAAAACGCUGAGAACGAGGUUAGUCAGAGCCAGCAGGUCUUCUUCGGCGGUGGAGACGCAGGGAUACUUUUUCACCUUUGCAAGCAACUGAUGCUAUUAUCGCUUGGAGUUUAGUAACGUGUUAUUAAUGGGAACAUUUGGAUGCCGUUAAAGACGAAGUCUGAAUAACUAAUCUCGCAGUAUUUCCAUCGCUGCAGACGAACCGCCAGCCUCUCCUCUGUGAGGUGAGAUGGUUCCUCAAAACACAGAUCUACUGUACCGGGAACAGUGGCCUGCUCUCUGAGCUCAUCUACCGGUGGAUCGACGGGAUCUAUUCACAGUGAUUUCAUAUUAUUCACGGUGUAGCGUCACCAUCAGGAGAUCCUGAUCAGUAACCAGCAGAACCACUCGGAGGUCGAGGAAGCGACAGGAUAACCAGGAGGAGAUGGAGCCAUGCAAAGCUGGGGGGGUGAUCGCCUUCAUCAGCUCGGCCACCAGCCCAGAGUCCUGCCACAGCGACCCACCCGGCCGCCCGUCUCUGCCGGUGCCCCCCCGUGGCGCCCCUCCCCCUGCCGUCGGACCGCCCCCACCGGCCGCACCCCAGAAAUCUGGCCGCGCUUCCAACAUCACUCCCAAAGGAAGUAUCACAAAGCUCAGCGGGCUGGUGCUGCUGUGUAAGGUGUGCGGCGACGUGGCCUCAGGGUUCCACUACGGGGUCCAUGCCUGCGAGGGUUGCAAGGGCUUCUUCCGCCGCAGCAUCCAGCAGAACAUCCUCUACAAGAAGUGCCUGAAGGACGAUGGCUGCCCCAUCAUGCGCAUUAACCGCAACCGCUGCCAGCAGUGCCGCUUCAAGAAGUGUCUGCUGGUCGGGAUGUCCCGGGACUCUGUGCGUUUUGGUCGCAUCCCGAAGCGUGAGAAGCAGCGCAUGCUGCUGGAGAUGCAGAGCGCCAUGAACAACAUGAUGACCAACGGCGACCUCCACGCCAACCAGCAGCUCGCCAUCGCGCCGGUGGCCCUCCCAGCCCCCCCCGCUGACCCCGUGGAGCCGGGCCCGGUGCCGGCGGUCGCCAUGGACACGGGCCCCAGCUCCGCCUCCGACAGCGGGGAGGAGGAGGUGAUCGGCUCGGUGACGCGGGCCCACCGCGAGGACUUCAUGUACAACCAGGAGCAGGGGCGCGGCCUCUCCUCCGGCGGGACCCCCCCCUCCCCCUCGGACCUCCAGGACGGCGGCGUGGGCGUCGCUGAUGGCAUCAAGGUGUCUUCCUAUAGGACGCCGGGCACGGAGGAGCGGCAGGAGGCCUGGACCAACCUUCACAACAACCUGUCCACAGUCGCCGCCAUGGGCCCCCCGACCGCAGGCGGCUCUGGCCCUCAGGGGCCUGAGGCCCUCAGCCCGGGGGACCGCUGCCCCUACAGACUGCCUUACAUCUCCCCCGGGGGCCAGUGCCCGGCCAACCCCCACGGCUCCUUCAAGGGCCCCCCCCACCACGCCGUCGGCGGGGGCAACAGAAUGCACCUGGUGUGUCCCAUGAACCUGUCCCCCCACGUUGACCCCCACAAGUCGGGCCAGGGCGUGUGGGCCGAGUUCUCCCAGAGCUUCACCCCUGCCGUGCGGGAGGUGGUGGAGUUUGCCAAGAAGAUCCCGGGCUUCAGGGACCUGUCGCAGCACGACCAGGUCAGCCUGCUGAAGGCUGGCACCUUCGAGGUGUUAGUGGUGCGCUUUGCGUCGCUGUUCGACGUUAAGGAUCGCACCGUGACCUUCCUGGGCGGCAGGAAGUACGGCGUGGAGGCGCUGCGGGCCAUGGGCGCCGGAGAUCUGCUCGCCUCGAUGUUGGACUUCAGCCAGAAGCUCAGCAGCCUCGGCCUGAGCGAGGAGGAGAUGAGCCUGUUCACGGCCGUGGUUCUGGUGUCCGCAGACCGCUCGGGCAUCGAGAACGUGAACUCGGUGGAGGCUCUGCAGGAGACUCUGAUCCGGGCGCUGCGCAGCCUGAUCUCCAAGAACCACCCGCCCAGCGACACGGCCGUGUUCACCAAGCUGCUGCUCAAGCUGCCCGACCUGCACACCCUCAACAACAUGCACUCUGAGCAGCUGCUGGCCUUCAAGGUCCACUCCUGAACCACCCCCGGGUGCUGAGCCGCCCGGCGUGGUGGUAGGACACCGCCACCCCCAUCAGCAGCUCGCAGGAACCUGCAAUCAAACCUCCGUUUCAUUGGACCUCUGACCUCCUUUGACGCCGCCACUAGCGCAGCUAGCUAGCGCCAUGUCCCCCAGAGGGCUGGAGGACAGGGAGCUGGACUGAAGAGGCCCCCACGUAUGACCAGGGGCCCGGGCUGCUGCAGACCGUGAAACUUCAUUAUACUGUAGGGCUGAAAGGCCUCUGUUGUGGGGACACAGACCAACGAAGGCACUGACUCCAUGUUAUAUAUGUUAUAUAUAUUUAGUUUCUCCUUGUGUUAGGUGUGCGAGUGUAUAGCAAAUGAAAAAAAAUAUUUUUGCAGAUGUUAGGAGCGUCUGCUUUGUAUAGUGUAGACUUGGUUGGCAUUAAUAGUGCAAUAUGUGACUGCUUCUGGCUGUUUCCUCCUGCUCCAGGAGUUGCCGGUGGCCUGGAGGCAGAAGUAAGACAGAAGAGACAAUAAAGGAGAUGAAAUGAUUGGAAUGAACUGAGCAGCCACCAGAUUGGCUGAAAUAAUAAAACGACCAAGAAUGUCUUUGUUAGACAA